AUGGCUUCGAAAGAGAUGUGCAGUGCCUUCAGUGAGAACUUUCUAACGUGUCAUAUAUGCCUGGGGGAAUAUAAAGACCCGAGAGUGCUCCCAUGUUACCACACAUUCUGUCUGGAAUGCAUUGCUGACCAUGCAGCCAAGAAUGGUGUCCAGAACAAGUUCUUCUGCCCCGUGUGUCGCCAAGAGGCCCCCGUACCACCCGGUGGGUUAGACACUCUCGUGAAAAACUUUUUCUUAAGAAAAGUAACAGACUUCAUGAGAGAUCAGAAAGCGCCAGAGGGUAGACUUUGUGAGUAUUGUAAGCAUAAAGAGGCCACUUUGCUGUGCCAAGGUUGUCCCAAAACCAACCAACUGUGCGCUACAUGUCGUGAAUUGCAUGAUAGCAUCCCAGCAUUAACUGAUCAUCACUUUGUACCUCAGUCACAAAUCGAUAUAUCAGUUAACCCAGCUAACAAACAAACUCAGUUACGUCAGAUAUUACAUAUUGCUCAAUACUGCGAAAAUCACGACGGCGAGUUGCUAAAAUUCUAUUGUAAAGAGGAUGACACCGUGGCAUGUAGAGAUUGUAUUUUGGAAACUCACAGUAAACACGACUUCGAAAAAAUUGCAGAUGUGGUGAAGGCUCAGCGGGUGAUAAUACAAGCAAAACUGAGAUGUCUUCCAAACGGGAAACUGUCUCGUUUUGAAAAGGUGGAGAAAACCAUUGUACGAACGGAAGAGAGGCUGACAGAAAAUCAGACAAAGAUUCUUCGUUUGGUGGAUUCUCAGAAAUUAGCUAUGACAAAGCAGAUAAGUAAAAACAGUAAAACUAUUGAAAGAGAACUCACCGAUUAUUACCAGCAAGUAGAGAAGUAUGUACGCGAACAGACGGACGCCUAUUUGCUCGAUGUCAAGCAGCAUUUGGAAACGUAUCGAACAAAAGUACAGUCUGAUUACACCAAAAUGAAAAGAUGUUUAGAUGAAAAAAGCAACACAAUAUCGGAAGAAGUUAAGGGACUAACGUCCACGCAGGUGAAGACUUUAGAAGCUGAAAAGGACAGAAUUGCUAUCCCAAUGUGCAGUAAAGGUGCACUACGCUGUGCAUACCACUACGGGAUCAAUGCAAUCAUAGUCAGCGACUACUUGACCCACAGUGUGUAUGCAGUGACACCCAAGGGUGACGGCAGGUUCCAAUACGGAUUGCGAGAUCAGAUUGAAAGCGGGGACGAGGAACUGGAUGAUCCACGAGGAAUAUGCGUAGACAUGUUUGGACGCAUAUUCAUAGCUGACUGUCGUAAUGACAGG